AAUUCUCGUACUGUAAGCCUACUCGUACAUAAUUCUGCUAUAAAAGCAUCCAAGUGCAAACGUUCUGGAAUCUUCGCUUCGUCCCCUUCCGCACGGACCAUCUACAUGUCUUGCAGCCGCGCCCAAGAGAUAUUUCAUGAGCUUCCCGUCACCAUCACUUUUCCUCCCUCAUACAAACGUACAACACUCUUCGACUACCUGUACCUACUAUUCCUAAAAACAAUUCUUUCACUCUCCCCUGGAACAUCCAUUUCCAUCUCCCCACAGAAAUACCUCCACAACGUUCCCCACACGCGACUCACAGAGUCCCCCCCACAACAGCUUCCUCAGCCUCCAAGAGCUUCGCGAAGUCGCAAUCCAUCGCCGAAAAUGGCUGCCUCUGCUACCCUCAACCCUCCCGUCAAGAACGAAUCCAAGUCAUCCAAGAAGAAGAAGGCCAAGUCUGCGUCUGCGGAGUCGGAGUCAACCACCGCAAUCGUCGCAGAUCCAACCGAGAGUGUCAGCGGAGACGGUUCCUACGAAAGCCCAUAUAUCAAGGAUCUCUACAAGUGAGUCGAUCUACCUGACACAAGGGCCUCAACCGCCGUGACGCGCUGUCAAUUUCUUCAGCCUUUUCGAAGCUAACCUCCGUGUUUGUAGGAGCAUUCGCAACAUCAACAAAAAGAUCGUAAGUACAUCUCUCCCCCGCGAUCCCAACAAACUCUAACGAACUUUGCCUAGACCAAUGCCUCCAAGGUUGACAGUAUCGUCGCUGCCGCCGAAAAUAAAGACAAGUCACUCGACCAAUUAGUCACCGAACGAAAGAUCAAUGCCGAUCAAAAGGCUCAAAUCUUGAAGAAGCCUGGCCUCCAACAACAAUUGCAACAAUUCGAGGAGCAAAUCGCACAAUUCAAGAAAUUCGAUGCCGAAUACAAGGCUGCGUCUCAGGCUGAGAAGGCGGAGUUUGAAAGGACCCACGCCGAGCGUGCAAGCAAGGCUCAAGAGGAGGCUGUCAAGGCUGCAAAGGCAGAGGCCGCUGCUUCAGUACAAAAAUCCCAAGAAAAUAACUUCCUUCUGCUUUCACAAUUCCUCAGACUGGCUGCUGUUCGUAGAGGCGAGGAUGAAGAUCCCGAGCUUCCGGAAAACAAGGCUUUGGAGGGUUUGCUCGGCAGAGUUUAUACUGGUGAUGCCAGCGCUGUUGCUGCUAUGCUCAGCCUCGUCAAUGGCUCCAGUGAAACCCUCUACUCCGUAAAUGGCGAACCCUUGGAAGUUACUUGUAAGUACAUUUUUUCUUGCUCUAAUUCUACCACUAACACAUUCACAUUUUAGAUGCCGAUCUCAAGCGUAUCGCACUCGCACAAGUUCCGGUAUUCGUUCCUGAAGCCGAGGAGGAAACCCCAGCUGUCGAGACGAGCGAAUAUCCAGUUCAGAGUGAUCCAACAAUCGCCAACGCUGGUCUAACUGAGUUGGAUGGCCCAUCUGCUACUGCCAAUGGCCAUAGUGAAAUAUCCAGUGAGGUUCAGGGUAUCCCACAAAAUUCUGGUUUUGGAGGUGAGGGAAAUGCUGCUGCAAAUGAGAAGUGGGACACCGCGAAUGACCUCUCUACUUCUCAGGAGUGGGUCAACGUUCCUCGAGAUGCUGCUGAAACUGAGACUGGAUUGACUGCUACACCUGCAGCCCCAUCCAAUGUUCAAAGCUGGGCCGAUGAUCAACCCGACAGUCCAACUGAGAAGCCAGCACCAGCUAACGCCAACGAUGGGUUCACUGAUGUUCAACGCAACAACCGUGGUAACAAUAACCGAGGCCAAGGUCAGGGUCAAGGUUAUCGUGGUCGGGGACGAGGUCGUGGAGGUCGUGGAGGCGCCCCUCGCGAAAAUGGCGAUAGAGGAGGUGCUCGAGGUGAAUGGCGUGGCUCUCGCGGCCCAAGAGAGCCUCGCCCGGAGUAA